AUGAGCAGCGUCGGCUUCGGCUUCAUCAUCAUGUCGAGCAACCUCUACACCGUCGCUGCUAUUUCCUGCGUGUUCUUUCUGAGACGCGCUCUUGUGUCCGAAGACUUUGUGCUUGCCUUGGAAAAGCUGCACAACUUCGUUGUGGCCUUCGAAAUCGAGUGGGGUCAAGUGACAGGGAUCGAGUGGCGCAUGUAUGCCCUCGUUUGGGUUCUCACCGUGUCGGGCUUCGGCGCGGCCAUCGGCUUGGAGGAGUGGAAGCUGUCCCAGGAGGCGUGGCAGCCGCUCAUCGUUUCGGGCGAUACGCCCAGCGCUAUCAUCCGGAUUGUCUGUACGGCAUUUAGCUUCAUCGCCUUCUGCAUGUGCGCGGCCGCGGUGAUCCUGGUGGACUAUGUUCAAUCACACCUCCUCCUGGGCCUAGACAAAAGCCUCGACUGCUGGUGCUGCAGUGUGCUUGAUGGUGACUUCAGAUCUGCGGUGGAAAGCUGGAACUGCAUGCAGGCCUUGCUGAAGGCGGUCGGCCGGGAAAUGGCUGGCAGUUUCAUCGCCGCGCAGGCGGUUGGGGCCAUCGGAUUCAUCUACUUCUUGGCAAGCACAGCGACCUUGGCCUUCCAGUCCGGCUUUCACCUGCAGUUCACCGCAGUGGAAAGUGUGUCCUCUGUACCGCUUCUGCUGCUAUUCCUGCUGAACCUGCGUGUCUGCUGGCAUGGUGCAGCACUGACCGAGAAGUGCCGUGCGAUUCCAGCAUUCGUAAACCAAAUCCCCUCGCCGGACGAAGACCCCAUAGACCAUGACCGCACAUAUCUCGUCCGGUUCAUCACAGACAGUGCUGCCGGCUUCUCCGUCAAAGACAUAACACUCACGCGAGAGAAACUCAUGAAGAAUUUCGUGAUGGUCGGCGGAAUUCUGUCCGGAUUUGUCGGCGUUCUCUCGCGCGUGACGUAG